UUCCGCAGAUCGAAAAGGAUCAGUUUCGUUCGCACAACGCCGAAAUGUUCGUUUGCGUUUUCUAGCGGUGCACGAUGAAGCGCAGAAGGAGCACGAUCUGGGACUUUUUCCAGCAGUCCGGUGACGAUGGGGCCAAAUGUCUGUACUGUUCGGUCGUGCUGAGCACCAAAGGCGGAUCCACGGGCAAUUUGACUAGGCACUUGAGGGUCAAACAUCCUCAAUACUCUCAUAGUUCGCUUGCCAAUUUUGAAAUACCACAAGUUGAAAUAACGGAGCAAGAAAACAGUGUGGUGCCAGAAGAAUAUGAAGAACCAGAACCAACAGACAACAAACAAGCACUCCACGAUGAGUUAAUGUUAUACAAGCGUUUCAAAAAUGAAAACGAAAAUGAAUAUGAUACUAUAGCUAAAGUGUGGUCAUCUGAACUUCAAAAAAUGUCAAAUGAUCAACAAAUUUAUGCCAAAAAGGCCAUAAAUGAAAUAUUAUAUGAAGGACAACUCGGAAAUCUCACGCGGAAUUCGAUACAAUUUAAUAUAUUUUCAGAACAAACUUCGAGCACUGUGAAUAAUUGAUCUCAAUU